AUGAAAAUUCUCUCCGAUACCUCUGACACUGGUGACCGAGGAAGCGAUGGAGAACCGUUUCAAAUAAUCAUCCAGGUGGAUGACGACGCACAAACGGAACAAUCUUCGUCCGAACUCGCUUCCCUGGACAUUCACCCCGUCUCCGAGGAAGAUGUCGAUGUCUCGUCGAAGCAGAUUCAAAAAUCCGUAUACUCGAUUUUACGACUAUUCGACAAAUGUAAGCUAACCAUUGGCGAUAUUUUUCUCAAAGGGAAACUCCAGGAGAUAAGAAUUCAAGAUGGAAAUUUUUACUUUGACACCUUGCAGUCACUCAAGCACGCAGAGCAGCUCGUACCUCACGCCGAGAAGGUGGUCAAAUUCAUCAACGAUUUAAAACUUCAACCCUUCACUGUCGCUGAGAUAUUUAACCUAAUGGCCAUUUCUGAGGAGUUAAUAGGGAGCUCGAAGAAGCAAAAAGAGUUAAUCGUUGAGUUGAUUAAGAGAUAUGAGGAUAGUUUAAAAUCCUUGCGUGGUAUUUUUGAGAACAUCAAAAUGCGCAAAGGGAAUAUUUCAAAGGAGAAGGAUUUGAUUCCUGUUAGGGAGGUGGAGAUCAAGAGAAUCCAUAGGGAAUUUAAAAAAUGCGAUAGAGAGGCUCAAAUGUAUUGUUCAUAUUUAAAGGGUUUCUUCAUUUGCUUCGUCAUUGUUUAUCUGUAUGCAGAGAGUUACCGAUCCAAGGCGAAUGAUUAUCAACGGGAGAUGAAUAGGUUGAAACAAGAGAUGGAAAGGGAUAAGCUGGUGAUCGAGAGUGCAAACGACGAAGACACCAAAUUGGUGGAGUUGUAUCUGGCCAACACGAUUUGCCAAAUUCCAUCCGUUCUGAAAUAUUGGAAGGAACACAAGGACAAUCUUGAAGAGUUGUCACACGUUGAAAAUUUUGGUAAGGAGAAUCUGAACGACAAAUGGACUGAGAUCAAGAAGAGUUGCGAAGACUAUGUUCGAUUCGUGAGUGAUAUUUUGGAUCGGAGCGGUGAGAUCAAUUGGGGAUAA